AUGGGAAAUUCAAGGUCGCCAGUGGUUUCGCAAGAAGUUCUUACGUCUCGCUCAAUGCGACCAAGAAAGCAGGAUUCCUUGGUGAAUCUUCUUUCUGAUGCCAACUUGUUAGGUGCUACUUUGUCGCGCGCUUCCACAAGGUCUGUUUACCAAAGCAUGGCGAACCGACGCCAUUUCACAUCGGUCUCCAGCAAAUUCUGCUUUCGGGGUCAGGCAGAGGUGCGCCGCAGAGGGCGGAAAGGCAAGCGUGCUCGCUCUAUGCCUCCACAGCUCAAGGGGGCACAACCUUACUUUGCAGAGCUCACAGCGGUCGACUCACUUCAUUUCGAAGACUUUCAAGAGGUGUGCCUUGCACUGGCGAUGUAUCGAAAUCCAAAUCUUGUCGUGCCAAUGGAACUUCGUUUGGAAGAGUUUCUCACAGCGAUGGUUGAUGGGCUAAAGCAUCGAAUCUUCCGAACUGCUGAAAUGCCGGAGCACCUUGUGGUCGAGGUCAAGUCCGAGGAAGCAGAUGCAAAACAAAGGGCCUGGGAGGAGUUGUUGGACGCUUUGGAGGACUGUGGGCAGGCCAAUGUGCCAAGCGAAAUCUGGAGGAGACGAAGGCGCUUUAUGAUGCAACACCCCCAGGAGGAAGAAGCCGACACUGACAAUGGCUCAACAAGGAGAUCGAGCAGCGCGCCUCCAUCGAUCUCGGUUCCUAGCAAACUUCAAAAAGCACUGCAGAUGGCUCGUGAUUCUUCUGAAUCUGCGGUGUCUGUGCUGAGUGCUUUGAAGCCAUCCGAAGGCUCUCUUGAUGGCUUGGGUUUGCCAACUGGCUCUCGAUUGGAGUCGAUCACCUCCGUGAUGAGAGCAGCCAAACGCUUUGGAGCAGAAAUCAACGUGGCUGAGCUGAAAAAGAAGCGCUCCGAAAUUGGCAAAGAGGCUCUCCACAGACGGCGCAAGCUUGCCACCAUCAAGGUGAGAUUUCUUGCUGAUCGGCAAAUCAGGGCCGCCAUUAGUGCCAAUGCUGCUAGUGGCAUUGGCACCUGA